AUGAGCGAUCAUAAACAGAGACAGGUUUAUGACGUGACAAAGUUCCUUGAUGACCACCCUGGUGGCGACGAAGUUUUAUUAUCAGUAACCGGCAAAGAUGCAACUGAUGAUUUUGAAGAUGUUGGCCACAGCAACACUGCAAGAGCCAUGAUGGAUGAGUACUAUGUGGGAGAGAUUGACGCCUCCACAAUCCCAGUCAAGACAAAGUAUACCCCUCCGAAGCAACCUCACUACAACCAGGACAAGACUUCAGACUUUAUUGUUAAAAUUCUCCACAGUACUAGUACUCAAUUGCUGAAGAUGAUGAGUCUCCCAAGUCAUAUGUAA